CAGGUCUUUGUUUAUUAUUCCAUUCAUAACCUACCUGUCUGCGCACCUGUUUUGCCUGGCCCUUCUCUGUCUCCAAUGCCCCGCCGGUCCUAAGCGCCAGUGCGACUUGAGUAUAGCCCACCUGACAACUCCGAGCUCUCCCUCGGCCAUAUACUCCUCUACAAACCCCGCGAUAUCCUCAAUUGCCAACUGCAAAUCUCAACCCAGCUCGUACGUCUGAACAUAGGCAGCCGAUCUACGUGAUCUACUAGCAACAAGAUGUCGCUGACCUCUGACUUGCGCGACAAAUAUAUCGUUAUAAUUGACGAUAUUUUGGCCAAAAGCGACCUCACCACAAUCUCCGAGAAGCGAAUUCGCAAAGGUCUUCAGGAUGCCGUCGGCUAUGAUCUCACUCCGAUGAAGUCUACGAUCAAGCAGCUGAUCAUGGAACGAUUCGAUCGUUAUGCGGAACAAAAUGGUGUGGGCGGGUCGCCUGAUGAAACUGCCCCAAGCAAUGAUCAACGCGAUGGUGAUUCAGCUUCAGCUGCGGUGCCUUCCCCACCUCCAUCCUCAUCUCCUGUGAAGCGCCAGGCCUCCAGCGACGCUACUUCCGAGCCUGCGAGCGCAUCACCGCCUGCCAAGAAACACAAGGCCGAUACUGAUACCGAUGCGGAUGCGGCGUUCGCGGCGAAGCUGCAAGCUGAAGAGAAUUCGCGCGCGCGACCCACCCGUGGGGGCAACACUCGGCGCGCAGCGCCCGUGAAGAAGAAGAGCAAAGCUAAGACUUCGAAGAGGGUUAAGGCAGAAGAUGAUUCAGAUAUUGGCUCAGGCGAAGAGCCAAAGAAGGAGGUCAACCGUAAUACUGGAUUCCAUAAACCUAUGAACCUUUCCGAACCUCUGUCCGCACUUCUGGGAGAACCCACACUUUCGCGACCCCAAACUGUCAAAAAAGUUUGGCAAUAUAUUCGCGAGAACGAGCUUCAGGACCCCAGUGAUCGCCGCCAAAUCCGAUGCGAUGAUGCUAUGCGUGCUGUCUUCAAGCAGGAUCGAGUCCACAUGUUCACUAUGACAAAAAUUCUCAAUCAGAAUUUGUACAACCCCGAUGAAUAGUUCGGGGGUGACAGAUUGGUUUUGAUCACCAUGGACGAGCAGGCUCCAAACCAAGUCCUGUUGCUUAACGAUUCUCCUUCAUCUUACUUCUUUUCUUGCGAUGCAUGGGGAUGCUGGCGUGAACUUUGAGCAAUUUCCAUUCGCCAUUUUUAUUUGUUUUUGAUUUGACUUGCUUGUGCUCUCCAGCGGGCGUUAGUGUAGCCCUCCAUAGGUGAUUUUAUGCUCUC